AUGAAAAGCCUCCAGAAAGUGACUUUCAAAGGCUUAUACGAUCAAACAGAAUAUGGAUUAUUUUACUAUAUUGGGACAGAAAGAGAUUACCAGGGACUAACCAUUAUUGUUUUUCUAGUUUAUUUUGGCUGUCUGUAUUUGACUACUUCUUCAUCAAGAGGCAGCACAAAAGUGAACAAUCUGCUUUACGAUCAUCGUCCAUACACAUUGACUGAAGAUGAUUGUGCUCGAGGGGCCAAGUUCAGGGACCUCCCUGGCGUAGUUGUAGGACAUGAUAAUGUUGUCCGGCGGGAUCCAACAAAGAAGAAAGAACUGUUACCAUCCACUGGUAGUGACAAAGCCGCACUGUCUUUUAUAAAUGAACGUCAACUAAAAAUCAAAAUGACAAGGAGAUUGAUUCUACCUGUUUUUCUUUCUUGGCCCAAGGCGAUGUUACACCCGGAGCAGGACAGAGUCCUCACCAUACGAGAAUGUGCAAGGCUUCAAGGUUUUCCCGAUUACUACAGGUUCUGUGGGACGGUUAAAGAAAGGUAUCGUCAAGUUGGGAAUGCGGCCGCUGUUCCCGUAGGUCGAGGUUUAGGAUAUGCAGUAGGGAUGGCAUUCCAAAAGCUCUAUGGGGAUGGACCACUGAUGACCCUCCCCCCUAAGUUCUCACAUUCAACUAAUCUCCAAUUAGCUACGUCCUUGUUUCAGAAGUCCGAUUAGAAUUGUUUCAUUCAGCCUACCAUUCAUCUCAUUAUUU